CUACGAUUACAUACCUAGACACAUAUAUCUAUCCUACCUACUUAGUACUGACAGUCAGGUUGCUAUAGUGUCGUAUCAUAGACGGCUUAUCUCUCUGCUUAACGUCGACGAAGAGUCGAUUCAUUGAUUGAUUGACUGAAUUAUUGAUUGAUUCAUUCAUUCACUCAUUCAUUCCGAGGUUAUCUUGCUCAAGGUGUUUCGAGGUCAAUCAUAAAGCGUUACCGUACCUUUGUUACAUAUUUCCAGGCUCGCACAGAAUUCUAUACUGUACGGUACGGUCCGGAUCCAUGGCUUUAUUAGCGAAAGUCCCUUCCCAUGUUCGGGGCACCGUGCUGGUAACACCCUGGCUCAUCUACUUAGCGGUGUGCGACGUGGUACUGUCCCUCUUGUUACUCGUGAAGAUAUUCGCGCCGGACCUCGUCUACGGCGUGUCAUCCCGCAUUGCAUACUCCGUCUGGAAGUGGAUCCAGUGCAUCUUUGAGUCCUGCAAUGGAGCUCGGAUUACGAUCUCAGGCGACCGCCUGCCGAUUAAGGAGUCGGCUGUUGUCGUCUCAAAUCACGUUACGUGGGCCGACUUUUAUCUGAUUCAGGCCUUGGCUAUGCGAUCGGGCAUGUUGGGGCAAUGCCGAUGGUUUGCGAAGAUCCAGCUACGCUGGGUCCCCUUCCUCGGUUGGGGCCUGUGGGCAAUGGGCAUGCCCAUGGUCACGAGGAACUGGAUGCGAGACCAGCGCGAGUUGCAGCGUGUCUUUGGUGGAAUAGUGAACAGGAGAUGGCCGAUGUGGCUGAUAAGUUUUAGCGAGGCUACACGCUUUACGCCAGAGAAGUCUGAGGAGUCAAGGAUCUGGUGCAAGCAGAAUGGCCGUCCUCAACCCUUACAUUUGCUCUACCCUCGUACUAAGGGGUUCGUCACUACCGUGCAGCAGUUAAGAAAAGCGCCUCACGUGAAAGCUGUGUAUGACUUCACAAUUGCGUAUCAACACAGAAGUAACUUUCACGUGGCUCCCGAUAUGUGGGAGACUUUGAGGCUACCAAACCUUAGUAGCGCCCAAGGAUACCGGUUCCAUAUCCACGUGCGGCGCUUCCCCUUAGAGGAUCUCCCUUACACGGACGAGGAACUGGCAAAGUGGUUAGAGCAGCUAUGGGUUGAGAAGGGAGAAUGGCUUGACGCCAUGAAAACAGAAUGGGCCACAACAUGACCUACCUACCUAACCUACAGUAACGCCAACCUGGGUAGGCAAUAUGAAGGUAUAUAGGUAGUUAAUUUCUGAUGAUGGUUUGCGUGGUAGUCUUGUAUAUUUGUGCGGCGAUCGCUAGUCGAUUUUUAGAUAGAUCAGUGUUCUUCAAAUAAAAUAGUACUAGAAGGAGGCUCACUAUAGGUGCUCGUAGCCUUGGACCAAGCCUCGGCACCUUUCAUCAAUUACCCGUUGUAUACUAGGUAAUGUGCUUUCAUGACUGCGAGGCGUUUUGCCUAAAGUCUUCUUGAUUGCGUGCAUCACGAGUGUGUUAGAUGGUGUUGCAUGCUGUCUCGCUGCAAGGAGUUAUCGUGCA